CUGAAAAAAGAAAAGAAAAAGAAAAAGGUGUGUAUUCGUAGUUUUGUGGUUAAGGAGGGGAGCAUGCACCAAUCUCUCACCCCCAUCACUGUCAUCGUCGUUCGUUCCCAAUUGGUUCUUCUGCAGCUCUACUCUUCCGCUUCCUCCGCACUCUUCCUCAGGUCGAAAUUUUUGUCAAAAUUUUCUGGCGACAUAGCAAAAUGGGGAGGCUUUUCGUGAUCACAUUGGAUGGGAACUUCUACUGCUGCAAAUUCUGUAACACGCACCUCGCUCUCGUCGACGACAUCAUGUCCAAGUCUUUCCACUGCAGGCAUGGAAGGGCUUAUCUCUUUGACAGAGUGGUGAACAUAACAAUGGGCGACAGCGAGGAGAGAAUGAUGAUAACAGGAAUGCACACAGUAGCAGACAUAUUCUGUGUUGGGUGUGGCUCGAUUGUGGGGUGGAAAUAUGAGGCUGCUCAUGAGAAGAGCCAAAAGUACAAGGAAGGAAAAUUCAUACUCGAAAGGUUUAAGGUGCUGGGCCCGGAAGAAGGCAAUUACGCUGGGGAGGAAGCUCCAGCAGCUGGGAGCGAUACUGAUGAGGCUUAGUCGACUUUCAGUUUCGAAUUUUAACUAAUUCGCAACUGUACAUUCUCUCUCUCUCUCUCUCUCUUUUGGUGUGCCAAAGUCAUUUUCAAGGAGGCAGUGAUAGUUGUGAAUAAGAGAGGGCCGUAUCUUUUGCAUUAGGGAUCUUAUUUAAUCAUUGUACAGAGCGGCAUUUUGGGAAAUAAAGGGUUCAUUUGACCUACUACCCAUUUUGUGUUUAUAGUAGUGAGUCACAGGGGGGGUUCCAUGCCUGUCAUCUCUGAUGAUCAGAUGGAUCUCAGUAAAGGCCGAUAGUUGUGGUUCCCGAGCUUCGUAUGUUGGUUGAAUAACCAUAUCAGGAUCGUUACUUACGUAGACAGGUUCAGGACGAUCCGAUUGAUGGGAGAAAAAGCUCGAUCUUUAAAAGCUUCAUCCUAAUCAUGACCGAGAGAUGUUAUGUUUCUGUUAUGACCUAAAUCAAUUGUAAGGUAUGAAAUUUGUCCCCA